AUGGCUCCACGGGCAGCUCGACGGACUGUUGAUGAAAUUGAUAGAGAAUUUGAUGAGUUGGCCUCUGUUUUAUCUGAUCCAAGGGAGCAGUUGAUCACCUCUGGGGAAAGAACAAGCAGGUUACGUCCACGUGCCUCUCGAGCUGACAAUACAAGUGAUCAUUUGGAUUCAGAUGUGGCCAUGGACGAAAACAUUAAAAUAAAUUCUGCAGCACAUAACACUGUAGACCCUGCUAAAAAGAGUGGUAGAAAAGUUACAAUUAAUGAUCAACUUCGCAAGAAAAGAGCAAAAGGAAAGCAUAUUGAUAUAAAGUUCCCUAAAGAAUUUGCAAAAGUGUGUGGAGAACAUGCUAGUUUAUUUAAAAGUGAGAUCACAGUUCUUGUAAGAACUAUACCACUCCAAGUGAAGAAGUGGAGGGACAUGAAUAAGUUUCAUGCUGGUACUACUUCAGCUAUUUGGAGAAAACUAAAGCAAAAGUUUCCUGAGCUUUCCGAACAAGAUAAAGAUUAUGCCAUGAGACAAGUAGAGAGUCAGUACAAUAAUCGGCGUUACCGUCUGCUUCAAGCUUACCGAAACAACAAGCCAAGGCCACAACAUGUCUCACCAGAAGGUUGGCAAUGGCUGAUAAAGAAUUUGUGGAUGGAUGAUGAUUUUCAGAAAAGGAGCAACCAAAACUCUAUCAACAGAGGAAAGCAAGAGAUGGGUUCCAAAGUAGGAACUAGAUCAAUUGCUCAAAUUGCUUAUGAUCUACGAGACCCAGAAACUGGUGAUUGGCCUACUGCUAUACAAGUUUGGAGGGCUACAUACCAAAAGGCUGAUGGGACAUGGUCUAUUCCAACCGGUGAAGAAAUAAUGACCAAACUACAUGAAGUUACUGGGACACAUCAAGAAAAAGAUUUCUUUUGCGCCCGUGCCAAUAGUGGAGCACUUCGCACUAGUUCUUGGUCGAAAGCUAAACCAUUCACAUGGUGUUGGCAUUCGUGCUGUAAACCGAGUAGCAGAGGAAAGGAUCAGAUUGCAGGCACAAAUCGAGGCGCUUCUAAACAGCGUGAAGCUGCAGCUCGAGCACGUCCAGAUGCUGCUGAGCAACGUGCUGAGGCUGCUGAGCAACGAGCACAAGCUUUGGAAGGCCAGGUCUCGACGGUGGUCGAAACAAAUGCACAGUUACAAGCAAAGCAGCAAUUCCAAAGUGAUGAGCUUAGUUCUUUGCGUCAAACAAAGAGUGGAGAAGUUGCGCGUCUAGUGAGAGAGCAACUUGAUCAACAAAUGGUGGAUUUCUUUGCGCGCAUUCAUUCUGGUGCUUCGCAGUCUCCACCAUAG